UUAAAGAUAAUUAUAACAGAGGGUUUCCAUUUGCGCCACGGAUGCUUCUUAUAUGUAAAUGAGUUUGGGUGCUUUCUCUCCCCCCUCUUUCGUGUUUUAGUAGUGUCACCUCAUCCCACUCAUGCAUUUCUGAUGUUCCGCUGAUAGAAGCUCAACUCACUGUUUCACACCCGCAGAAAGCGCUCGAGCACUUGACUCCAGAGAUCCGCCCUCGAUCGUUUCGGACGCUUUUCUGCAGGUCCAGCACUCAUCUACGACCUUAAAUGGACCAGACUAAUGGAUUGGUUCGGUCAAGCACUGUAGCUUCCGAGGAGCAUCUGUGAUCCGUGUGUGUGUGCGCGCUGUCCAAUCCGGCGGAUCCUCAUUUAUAAGUUACAAGAACGCUUUUGGAGAUAUUUCACUCUCUCGGUGUAUUGGCUUGGGAAAUGUCCCUAAAGGAUUCAAAGUCAGGAUUCUCUGUCCGCGAUAUUUUAGACCUCCCGGACACGAACGAUGAAGGAUCGGUGACUGAAGACACUGAGGAUGAGGCGGAUGAAGGGUUUUCUGGAACUCAGCAGCGCGCGCCCUCCGGAGAUGCGCUUUGGCUCGGAUCUCCAUGUGGCCACAAAUAUCCAUCAUUGCCAUCCGCAUCUCCAGAGGGUUUAACUCCAGAACUGUCCACGGAUGAGUCUGUUGAUCGGGACAGAGAGAGUUCAGAGGACUCGGGGAAAAAGCGCAAAAGGAGGAUCCUGUUUUCAAAGACUCAAACGUUUGAACUGGAGAGACGCUUCCGGCAACAGAGAUACUUAUCCGCGCCUGAGAGAGAACAUCUAGCUAAGAGCUUACAAUUGACUCCAACGCAAGUGAAGAUUUGGUUCCAGAACCAUCGGUACAAAGUGAAACGAGCCCGAGCUGAGAAAGGAAUGGACCCGUAUCUGCUGUCGCCGCGCCGGGUUUCUAUUCCCGUUCUGGUGAGGGACGGAAGACCGUGCCAUGUUCUCAGUCCUCAGGACAUCACUGCUACUGUUCCAGCAGCGGCCUUUAAUAUGAAGCAGUUCCCUCAAAUUCAACACAGUCACAACAUCUGCUCCAGCGUCAUGACACAUCUGACAUCUGUCAGUCAUCUGGGCCACAUGCAGCCUUGGUGCUGGUGAAGAGCUACUGCAGAGUUUUUAUGCAGCGGAACUUUCGCUUCACCAAUUAGGCUACAUUUCUACAAUGUGGACAUAUAUUUUUUAAAAUGUCUUUUAUAUGUUUUUUCCAAUGUUGGUUAAUUUUAUUUUCGAUAAAACUGUAAUACUUACACCCUGGGACAUCACCAUCUCAUAAAAGUGUUGUUUGUAGAUAUAUUUUUGCUUUACAGUGUAUUGAUGAGUAAACGAUCAAAUGUGUCACUUUUCGUUAAAUGUAGCAAGAUUACAAGUAGGUUACUGACAAUUUGACAACGUUCGUUUCAGAGCAUUUUCAUGUGUUGUUUUUUGUUUUAUUUCUAUACUGAAAUUAAUUAUUCUGACUAACCUAUAAUAAACAUUUUUUUUUUCUGAAA